AUGGCAAGGAUAUUGGGUGAUGGUAUUGGUAAUGAUGAUGGUAAUUAUAAUGGUGUAGGAGAUGGUAAUGAUUAUGGUGUUGGCGAUGUUGAUGAUGAUGGAAAUGAUAAUGGUGUUGGCGAUGGUAAUGAUGAUGGUGUUGGCAAUGGUAAUGAUAAUGGUGUUGAUGAUGAUAAUUAUAAUGGUGUUGGAGAUGGUUAUUAUAAUGGUGUUUGCGAUGUUGAUGAUGAUGGAAAUGAUAAUGGGGUUGGUGAUGGUAAUGAAAAUGGUGUUGGCGAUGUUGAUGAUGAUGGAAAUGAUAAUGGUGUUGGCAAUGGUAAUGAUAAUGGUGUUGGCGAUGUUGAUGAUGAAGGAAAUGAUAAUGGUGUUAGUGAUGAUAAUGGUGUGGGCGAUGGUAAUGAUAAUGGUGUUGGCGAUGUUGAUGAUGAAGGAAAUGAUAAUGGUGUUGGCAAUGGUAAUGAUGAUAGUGUUGGUGAUGGUAAUGACAAUGGUGUUGGAGAUGACAAUUUUAAUGGUGUUGGCGAUGUUGAUGAUGAUGGUAAUGAUUAUGGUGUUGGCAAUGGUAAUGAUAAUGGUGUUGGUGAUGGUAAUUAUAAUGGUGUUGGAGAUGGUAAUUAUAAUGGUGUUGGUGAUGUUGAUGAUGAUGGAAAUGAUAAUGGGGUUGGUGAUGGUAAUGAUAAUGGUGUUGGCGAUGUUUAUGAUGAUGGAAAUGAUAAUGGUGUUGGCAAUGGUAAUGAUAAUGAUGUUGGCGAUGUUGAUGAUGAAGGAAGUGAUAAUGGUGUUGGUGAGGAAAAUGGUGUGGGCGAUGGUAAUGAUAAUGGUGUUGGCGAUGUUGAUGAUGAAGGAAAAUGA